CGGCGGCGGCGGCGGCGCGGCCGGCGGUGAGUCCUGGUACCUGGCGCUGCUGGGCCUGGCCGAGCACUUCCGCACGUCCAGCCCGCCCAAGGUGCGGCUGUGCGUGCACUGCCUGCAGGCCGUGCUGCCCCGCAAGCCCCCGGCCCGCAUGGAGGCCCGCACCCAUCUCCAGCUCGGCUCCGUUCUCUACCACCAUACCCGCAACGGCGACCAGGCCCGAGGGCACCUGGAGAAGGCGUGGUUGAUAUCGCAGCAGAUCCCCCAGUUUGAAGAUGUGAAGUUUGAGGCGGCCAGCUUGCUGUCCGAGCUGUACUGUCAGGAGAACUCAGUGGAUACAGCAAAACCUCUGUUGAGGAAAGCCAUCCAGAUCUCCCAGCAGACCCCGUACUGGCACUGCAGAUUGCUUUUUCAGCUUGCACAACUACACACACUUGAAAAAGACUUAGUAUCUGCGUGUGACCUCCUCGGCGUUGGAGCGGAGUACGCCCGGGUGGUGGGCUCUGAGUACACCAGAGCACUGUUCCUGCUAAGCAAGGGCAUGCUGCUUCUAAUGGAACGGAAGCUGCAGGAGGUGCACCCUCUCCUUACCCUUUGUGGACAGAUAGUUGAAAACUGGCAAGGAAACCCCAUACAGAAAGAGUCAUUACGGGUCUUCUUCCUAGUGCUGCAGGUCACACAUUACCUGGACGCUGGGCAGGUGAAGAGCGUGAAGCCAUGUCUGAAGCAGCUGCAGCAGUGCAUCCAGACCAUCUCCACACUGCACGACGAUGAGAUCCUGCCCAGCAACCCCGCUGACCUCUUUCAUUGGCUGCCCAAAGAGCACAUGUGUGUGCUGGUCUACUUGGUGACAGUGAUGCAUUCCAUGCAAGCAGGGUACCUGGAGAAGGCUCAGAAGUACACAGACAAAGCACUCAUGCAGCUAGAGAAGCUAAAAAUGUUGGACUGCAGUCCUAUCUUGUCAUCAUUCCAAGUGAUCUUGUUGGAACACAUAAUCAUGUGUCGGCUUGUCACGGGACACAAAGCUACAGCGUUGCAGGAGAUUUCCCAAGUGUGCCAGCUCUGCCAGCAGUCGCCCAGGCUGUUCUCCAACCACGCUGCCCAGCUGCACACCCUCUUGGGGCUCUACUGCAUCUCUGUGAACUGCAUGGACAAUGCAGAAGCACAGUUUACUACAGCACUGAGGCUCACUACACAUCAAGAACUGUGGGCGUUCAUUGUGACCAACUUAGCCAGUGUGUACAUCAGGGAAGGCAACCGGCACCAAGAGCUUUACAGCUUAUUGGAAAGGAUAAAUCCAGACCAUAAUUUUCCUGUGAGCUCUCACUGUCUUCGAGCAGCAGCUUUCUACAUCCGAGGUCUCUUCUCCUUCUUCCAAGGAAGAUACAAUGAGGCAAAGCGAUUCUUGCGAGAGACAUUGAAAAUGUCAAAUGCAGAAGACUUGAACCGACUGACAGCGUGUUCCCUCGUGCUCCUGGGCCACAUAUUCUACGUGUUGGGGAAUCACAGGGAAAGCAACAACAUGGUAGUGCCAGCCAUGCAGCUUGCCAGCAAGAUCCCAGACAUGUCUGUGCAGCUCUGGUCCUCGGCUCUGCUGAGAGACCUGAACAAGGCCUGUGGGAAUGCCAUGGAUGCCCAUGAGGCAGCACAGAUGCACCAGAACUUCUCCCAGCAGCUCCUGCAGGACCACAUUGAGGCAUGCAGCCUUCCUGAGCACAACCUCAUCACGUGGACAGACGGACCACCUCCUGUACAGUUCCAGGCCCAGAACGGACCCACCACCAGCCUGGCCAGUCUCCUGUGAAACACAGUAACUGACACCAGGACAAUGUUUAAAAAGCAAAGGAAAAGCCACCCAGAAAUGCCAAAAAAAAAAAAAAAGAAAAAAAGAGCAAAAAUUGAUGCAAAAUCUUUUCUUCAAAGAAAAGGCAGCGAAUUCCUCUUCUAGUGAGGGCCUUGUAGGAACCAGAUUGCAUAAAGACAACAAAGUACAUUUCAUAGACUUGCAAAGUGAGAAGGGCAUUUUAAGCUGCUUUUACAUAAUGUGUGUGAAUAUACAGCUAGUGUGUAUAUACCUACUGGUUUUAAUCUGCUUUCCUCUUACUGAGAAAUAAGAUUUAGUCCCAAGGACACUUGUUCCUUAAGUUCUUAGAUAUCUUAACUUUUAAAAGCCGUCACAGGGAAUGAAGAGGACUCAGUUUUAAUACCACUUGUAGCCUAAAUACGAACCUUCCCUGGAGUCUGAUGCAGGAAUCUGCACCCUUCCACUCCUGGGAAGAACUGGGUCAAUUCAUGAGUUGAUUGUAGAGUGCACUAAAGAUCUACAUUUAGUUUCGGAGGUAAUAUUCUUCUCACUGGGUGCAAGUCGUUGCCAGUGCUGGUUGUAGCCUCGCAGUGAAGGUAAGGAUGGGAUGGGGAGCUCUGAAGGUGUUUGCAGCUUUGGGGGUGUUGUUGUCCUCAGGAUGGCCUCCAGCCCUGUGCUGGUGUCAGAGGAGCAGGUUCUACAUCCCGAGUGUGUGACAGUGUGCCACCACUUCAUCCCUGUGAUGGUCUGCCUUGGAUCUCCCUGCACUGCCAUGAGUCCUGCAUGGGGGAAGGCAGAACCUCAGCUCUCUCCAUCCCUUUGCCAUGGUGUGGAUGGAAGGAGGCACGUUCUUGGCCUCCUGGCUGCUCCCUGUGUUGGCCAAGCAGCGGCUUGCACCUUCAGCACAGCCUCGCCAAGGGAAGGCAGCAUCUGUGCCUUAAUGACUUGUACAGAGUUAAAGCAGUGGUUAAACCCCAGCUCCAGCAUGAGCCAGAGGCUUGUGGUGAAACUGCAGGCUUGCCCUUGGCAAAAGCUUCCCAUUUCCAAACUCUUCAGUGUUUGCUUUGCUGUUCUCUGUCAGUGUUUUGGUGACUCUCUGAGUUCUCACUGUGUUUUCCUGGGCUCCUGCCGUUGUCUCAAGACAGGAGAGACGAGGCCCAAGUUUGUGCUGCAGACACCAGGAGGAGAGUUGUUAUUCCAUGAAGCAGCAGCAGCUUCAUAGCAGGGAUCUGGGCCAGGUGUCAUAGUGCCAUGUAAAGCUCGUGAGGUUCCUAGGGUCGAAUAAAGGUGUUUUUCUCUCUUGGUAGCUCUGCAUAUUUCUCUCCCAGCUUGAAAGGGGAAGGGAAAAGGAAUGUGCCAGAAAAAUCCUUUCUGUAGGGCUUUUUCCUCUGAGGGAGGAGAAUGAGAGGAAGCAUUUGGCCCCCUGAAACCUUUACAAGUUUUACUGUAGCAGUACUACUGUGAAUCAUAGAAGGGUUUGGGUUGGAAUGGAUCUUAAAGAUGAAGUCCAAGCCCAGUGGCCAUUCUUGUUCAGAGUCUUGUCUCCUGUCUCAGGGACUUGCUUUUUGUCAUUCAAACCCAUCACUUUUUACCAGUGAAUGUUAUUAAGGGGAUAAGUGCUUGUCUGGUUGCCAAAAUAGGGGGUUUUAGGUUUCCUCUGCUGUUCUCAGCUGUUUACUCUUGCAGAAGGCGUGCACGUUUUAGGCCUUGUUAAGUCUCCAACAGGGAAAACCUCGAUGCUGGUGUAGGGAGAAAGUCCUGUUACUGGGUUUGAAAGGAGAAACUUUGGGGUUGUUCCAAGUCUUUAGAAGUUAAGCAUAGGAAGGAAAUAGGUGAGGUGGCAGCACAGGGGGUUUGGAGGUACCAGGUACAGGGAGAACCCUGAGAUGGAUCCUGUUCUGCAUCCUUGCUCCUCGAGCUCCUGUUCUGUGCCAGCCGCUCUCCUGUCCCCUCCGUGGCUCUUGAGUCAUGGAGCUGACAGCCACAUUCCCAUGGGAUCUACUGGCUUUGCAGCACUGGGGUUAGGAACCCCUCUCAGUGGUGAUGAAGUGUGGCCCUGGCUCGCUCCACUUGUUCAUCCCUGCCUCUGUUAGUGAUAGGACAGCCCCAUAAGCUCAGCUGCUGCCACGAUUGAUGCUAUGGAUGUCUUUAAGUCUUUCCCCUUUCUUUGUGUGCAUGGAAACUCUUUGGUUGUUCCCUCCUUAAGUCACUGAGUUGCAAGAACUGGUUUUAAGCUUCUAAAUGCUGUUUUCUUGGCAGUGCUGGGUAAUGACGAGUGACAGGAAAGGAUGUGCUUUAAACUCAGCUCAAGGCCUGCUCAGGUGAUCCAGGUGCUCUCUUCAUGUGGCUGUUGUCAGCUAGGCUGAGGCUGUUCACUGCUUACACACUCCUCCCUAACUACAAUCAGUCGUUGGCCAAAAAGGUUCUGCUUCCUUAAGGCAACAUGGAAAAGCUUCCAUCUCGAGAGAGCUGGGGUUUGAGCUUGCAGUGAGCUGCCCCCCAGCCUUGUUCUGCUGCUCAGGGUCCUGCAGAGCUGAAGGUUGUGCUGUGGGAGAGCAGUUUGCAGUGGGAAUUCUCUGGCUCUUUGUAGUUGGAAUCCCUGCUGUGUCCUGGGGAGGGGAGGAAGUGCUGGAGGAGAACUCAGCUGUGGGCAUGCUCAGCUUUGGAACAGGAACCUUUGCUAAACGUGGUGGCUGAACUUGUCAUGGCAGGAGGAACAGGCUGGGGUUUCCCUGGGACCUUCACUGGGGCUUUGCUCUUGGACAGAACAGCAUUUGCCUGCGGCCCUGGGAAGUCCAACACCGCUGCAGAGUCCUCUUCCCAGCACAGGAUGUCAAAGUUCAUGUAUAUUUGAACAGAACUCGUUGAUUUUCUAGCUCUAAAAUUCCAUGUACAUUUGUGACAAUGUACAGUGCUUUUUAACGACACUUGUAUAUUAAAUUAUUUAAUAGUU